AUGAAGAAGCAUCGUGUAUUCCAGCUAUUCAUAUUAGUAUUUUGUCAUUUUGCUCAAGCUUUUCGAUUUCAUCGGGAGUCGGACAUUCCGGUUUUCGAGUUCACCUCCCCGUUGUACAAUUUGUCGGUCGAGGAGAACUCGGUCGGCACAAAAUAUGCGCGAUCGGAGAAUUCGACGAAAAUUGGGGUGCCGAUUCCGGAAAAAGAUGCGACAUGCAAGUUUCGAGUUGCGGAAGUUGUGGGCGAAAAAUCGUCGCUGUUUAAGGCGCACGCCCGACAAGUCGGCGAUUUUGUGUUCCUACGCAUUCGCUACAAAGGCGACAACCCGUUGAAUCGAGAAUUGAAAGAAUUUUAUGAUAUGCUUGUAAAGGCUACUUGUAAGAGGCGCGACUCGUCGAAUCUUGAGACAACCGCUCGUGUUCAUCUCCGAGUCAUCGAUAGGAAUGAUGCGAGUCCUUUCUUUUUAGUAGACGAUGGUUAUGAAGCAACAAUCGAGGAUACGAUUGAGCCGUUCUCAAAAGUUGUCCAAGUUGAAGCUUCCGAUGCUGAUAUUGGGAUUAAUGCGGACAUUUAUUUUUCGAUGGUCAACCGAUCUCACGAUUUUUUUGUCGAUCCGAUUACUGGAUGGAUUCGGACGCUUAGACCGUUGAAUGCCGGAAAAUACGAAUUGAAAGUGAAAUCUGAAGAUCGAGCAUCGCGACUUUUCUAUUUUGAUGAGAAUGAAGUUCAACCAUCGUGGACAGCAGAUGUUGUGAUAAACGUCAGUGAAACGAAACGGAAGCAAACCAAAAUUCUUGUUGAAAAACGUAAGAUCAACGGCAUGGAAACGGCAAAUCGUCAGCUCGCUGCAAUUUUGACUCUCAAAGAUGGUCCGCCGACAGCGCUCGUUGGAAUCGAACCGAAUCCGAUGAGCGAUGGGUUUGAACUGGAAAAAGAAACUGAUGAUGUAUGGAAAUUGUACUCGGUGAAAGGAAGGAAAAUUCCAAAGGGCACGAAUGUUACUGUGACCGUUGGGCACGAUUACAUUCCCGCCAAUACCAGAAGAAGGGAUGCUUCGAAUGCUACUGCACUGAUUGUGGUACGAAUUGACCAUCUGAUUGAGCAUUCGAUUCAAUUCCAUGAUCUCAAAAAGUUGGUGUACGUUGUGGAUGAAAUGGCACCGAUUGGAAGAAUUGUUGGAAGAGUCAAAGCACACGUUGCAAAUCCCGAUGACCAAGAUCUUAUUCGCUAUAGUAUCAAGCCAGGCAAUCCCGAGAAAUUUGCGAACAGCUCGUCCAAGUUUCCUCUAGCGAUUGGAGCCCGAACGGGAAUCGUACGGGUCUCAUCUAGACUCAAUUAUCAAGUGGAAAGAAAUUUCGAUUUCGUCGUCGUCGCUGAGAUCAAAGGAUUGAAGAAGGAAGCGACAAUUGAGGGAUCAAUUGAGGUCACGGAUGGAAAUGAUCACGCGCCAGUGUGGUCGGUGAAAUGGCUUCGUCAAAAUCCGGUGGCAAUUGGAACGAAUUUAAAAAUUGGAGACACAAUACUCAAAGUCGAUGCUCAGGAUCGCGACGAAGGCGACAAUGGAAGAAUUGGAUACAAAUUGGCGUCGGAGACGCUAACUCCGCUGCGGAUUGAUGUGGACACCGGUGAAAUUGUGCUGGCCGAAAAACUUCCAAAAGGUGAAAACGUGUGGAAUGCUGCAAUCUGGGCUGUUGAUUGGGGAAGUCCUCUUCCGAGAGCGGCUGCCCUUAAUCUCGUAUUUUACCGGAAUGGAACGAAGAUGCCCUCCAAACCAAAACCCGUUGUGAUUCAAGAGUCGGCGAACAAGAAAGCACCAGUUUUCGAAUCGUUUCCUGACCUAGUCGAAGUUUCUGAAGACGCGCCGAUUGGAACGAUAAUUGCCAAGCUUCGAGCCACUGAUGACGAUGCGGGCUAUAAUGGACUUGUUCGCUAUGUGAUUCAUGAUUUUGCGAAUUUUGGCGACGAGUUGUUGAGAAUCAAUGAGUCGAGCGGUGAAAUUUGGGUAGCGGGAAGUUUGGAAAAUGUGCUCAAAGAGGGACAACAGGCCGCCGAUAUUCAGGUGAAAGUUGCUGCCGAAGAUGCUGGAAAUCCGCCGAAACGAAGUGAAAAAAUGUUGAAGCUGAAAAUCAUCGAUACGAAUAAUCACGCACCGCAAUUCGAUCAGCAUUGGUACACAACUCGUGUUGGCGAAGAUGCUCCUGUCGGUAAGCAGCUUAUCAAAAUUGUUGCCACCGACGCCGAUGGCGGAGAAAAUGCUCGAAUCCGCUAUGGAUUAUCGUCAUUUCGCGAUUCGGACGAUGCUAUUUCCAUCGGGGAAUCGACAGGAAUUGUCGUUUUGAAGAAGACACUAGAUCGUGAACAGCACGAUGUUUUAAACUUUAUUGUGUCAGCGAUGGACUCUGGGAAUCCCGUCAGAAGCGCAUUUGUCAAUCUGACAAUCCAUGUUGACGAUGUGAAUGACAACCCGCCAAAGUGUGUCCAACCAAUCACAAAAGCCAGAAUUCCUGAAGACUAUCCGCAUGGUGCAUUCGUGACCUGUGUCGCUGCCAAUGAUCCCGAUAUGGGGCAAAAUGCCAGAAUUAGGUACUCGAUCGAUUCGCCUGAACCGCACAGGUUUCCGUUUCGCAUCGAUCACCACACGGGAUGUGUUUUUGUUCACGCGCCGGAACAGCCUUUGGAUUAUCAUCGCAACUCGUUUUAUAAUAUUUCCAUUGAUGUGGCGGAUAAUGGCGAUCAAGUGCUUUCAACCAACUGCGAGCUUCAUAUUGAACUCAUCGACAUUGCUCAGAAUCAUCUUGCAAUUGAAUUUGAUGAUGUCGCCAAAGAAGCAAGUGUUUAUGAAAACUCGCCAAUUGGCACAGAGGUCAUAAUGGUCGAAGCGAAAGAGAUUGCUGAUGAGAAGCGGAAGCUGGAAGACGUGCGUUAUUCAAUUAUCGAUGGCGACGGUCGCCCAUUUUUCAACAUUGAUGAUAAAGGAAUCGUGCGAACAUCGUCAGUUCUUGAUCGGGAACACAAAUCGGCUCAUUGGUUAACAAUUGAAGCACGAGAUGCAGCUAUUGAUAGUGGCAAAAUUCGGAACGCUCACAGCUCGCGUCGGCGGGCAAUUUUGCACGUGUUCGUGCGAGUCCUUGAUCGUAAUGAUCAUCGACCACAACCGCGACAAGCUGUGUAUUUUGCUAGUGUCAAGGAAAACUCGCCAGCGAACGUUGUCAUUGUGAAAGUAGAAGCCACCGACGCUGAUGAUGUCGGAAAUGACGCUGCACCACCAUUACAAUUUAAAAUAGAGCGAGGAGAUCCACAAUCGUUCUUCAGAAUAGAUUUGACUUCUGGAUACAUUACAACAUCCGGAUCGAGACGGUUAGAUCGCGAGAAGCAAGCUGAACACGAACUUUGGGUGUCGAUUUGCGACGGCGGCGAUCCGCAACUGUGCUCGCAGGUUGCUGUUAUUGUAAGCGUUGAAGAUGAGAACGACAAUGCUCCGAUGUUCACUCAACCGAUUCUUCAUUACAAUGUUCGUGCCAAGACCGCUGGACCGCUGUGUAGAAUUUUCGCUGUAGACAUGGACGAUGGUGACAACGCGAAACUCUUCUAUAAUGUCACCGAAGGCGAUCAAAGGUUUUCGAUUGAUGAAAAUGGAGUCAUAUCGGUAUCUGAAGCCAUUCAUGGUGAUGAGAGCUAUGCGUUGACGGUUCAAGCGACAGAUCGAGGUCAACCUCCUCAGUAUGCUGCAACAAGAGUGGUUCUAACCGCUAUCGGAGGAGCAAAAAAAGCAAAGGCGAAGAAUGCAGCGCCAUUGAUUGCGGGAAAGAAGUCGGACUAUAUAAUACCGAUUUCUGAUGCUGAUCAAGUUGGGCUGACGAUAGGAAAAUUAGAGGCCACUGACGAAGAUAGCGACGAGCUUUGGUGGAGCAUUUCUUCUGGCGAUGAUAAUUUCAAUUUCGACGUUCGUAGAGACAAUGGACAGAUUCUGCUUGCGAAAAAGGUGGAGACCCUUCCGCGAGGAGAGAUUCGACUUAAUGUUAGCGUCACGGAUGGCAUCGCGUCGGAUUAUACAACUGUCAUUAUUCAAGUUUCAAGAUCCGCAACUAUGCGUCCAAAAUUUUCGGCAUCGCAUUACCAAACGGAUAUAUCGGAAAAGACGGCGGUUGGAUCACAAAUCUAUACGCUGAAAGCUGUUGGAGAAGACAUGGGUCCCGGAACGAAGCCGUUAGUCUAUAGUAUUUUCUCGGUUGAAGACAUUGCAAUGGAAGAGAAAAUUAGAGUGGAGCCGAGUAGUGGCAAUGUGAUUGUUAUGGAGUCGCUUGAUUUUGAGGCUUCACGCCAAAUCCGAGCCACCGUUCAGGUUCGACAAGCGAACUUAAAGAACUUCGCCACGCUGAUUGUGAAUGUGGAUGAUGAGAACGACAACGCUCCAAGAUUCGUGCAACACAACAUGAUCGCAUACGUCGAUGAAAUGGACCCGAUUGGAAGUCUUGUCGCGAAAGUGACGGCUUUUGAUGCCGAUACGGGCGAGAAUGGAAUUGUGACAUACUCAAUUGUUAGCGGAAACGAGAAUCAACUUUUCGAAAUCGACAAUAUCAAUGGAGAUGUCAGAUUGGCGAAGAAAGUCGAUAUGGACGAACAUGUCGAAUCGAUCAUAAGGAUUCGAGCCACUGAUGGUGCGAAGUAUUCGCUGAGCGAUGAAAUGAGCCUUCAUAUACGGAACGCGAAUGUGACCAGCAAUCUUAAAGUCAAAUUCUAUAAGAGUGUAGUUCAAGUGAUCGUAAAGGACUCAACUCCUCCAGGAACACCGUUGACUGUUCUCAGUGCCAAACAUCAUGGAGCCGUUAGCUUCAGCGCUAAACAGCCUUGCCCGUAUUUUGAUGUUCACUCGCUUUCGGGAGCUGUACACCUUGCCAAAUGGUUGACACGAGAGAGAUCGGCAAAGAGCGUGAACUGCACUGUGGUGGCAGAAACGAGUGACGGCGAGCGCGAUGAGACAAAAAUGGUUGUGAAAAUCCAAAGAACCAAUCAGCAUGCUCCGAUUUUCCGGAAGCAAGUUUAUCGAGCGCAGAUUCGAGAAAAUAGUCCUAUUGGCUCUCCCGUUCUACUUUCCGAUAAUUCACCAUUGAUCAUGUCGGCAACUGAUGCUGAUAGUGGACCGAACGCUUUGAUUGGUUACAAAAUCCUUCCGCCUGGUCAAGCGCAUUUCGUUGUCGAUUUGAUUUCGGGUGCUGUUCGUGUGAGGACACCAAUUGAUUUUGAGAAGACUAAAGAAUGGCGCUUCCACGUUCAAGCAUUCGAUAUGGGACUGCCACCGAAAAGCUCACCAAUGCCAGCCCUCGUUAUCAUCGCGGUUGUCGAUGAAAACGAUGAAGCGCCGAUUUUCGAGAAUUCCGUGCUUCGCGUCAGCCCUCUGAUCGUUCCAACGGCCAAUGGAGUUCCCGUCGGCCAUCAGAUUGCUAAGGACAAGGACACUGUUGGCAAAAUUCGGUACUUUGUGAAGGAUGAGAAUGCGAAGAAAGUGUUUGGCGUGAAUUCGACGUCUGGCGAGAUAUUCGUUCGCAAUGCCGAUUAUCUAAAAGAGGCGGAGUACAAGUUUGACGUGUUUGCCUCUGAUGGAAUUCGAUCGACCAAUUAUCAAAUCAUUGUACCCGUACGGUCGACAAGAGACGACAGCGGAUUCCGAUUCCAAUUCGCGGAAUACAAGACGUCGAUCGUUGAAAACACCACAUAUGCACCAGGAAAGACGUUGAUUUCGGUGAAUGCGAUUGGCGCGAGAGAAGGUGCUCCCGUCGUUUAUUCGAUUGUCAAUGAGAGAAAAGAAUUUGCGAUUCAUUCUGGAACCGGUGUCAUUGCUCUUACAGGUGUUCCCGUGGAUCGCGAAGUUGAAGACAGCAUUAGGUUGAUUGUUCGAGCAAAAGCUAUCGACGGAUCCGAGAGUAUCGCCCAGACAAUAGUGACGGUGAAUGUAGAAGAUCUGAACGACGAAGUCCCUAUGUUCUUGAACGUUCCUUACGAUGUCGCGUUUUCUGUUGAUUCGAAUGUCGGCGAUACGGUUUUCAACGUAAAGGCCAGUGACAAGGAUUCGGAGAAAAAUGGAGCGGUUUCUUUCACUUCCACCAACAUUCCCAAUCAGUUCACAUUGGACAAAUCGACAGGAAUUGUAAAACUCGCAAAGACGAUUACUUAUCCAAUGGUGCUCGAGUUUGAUGUUGAAGCUGAAGAUGGUGGAAAGCCGACGUUGAAAUCGAAAGAGCAUGUCAAAAUACGCGUUGUUGAUCGAGCUCAGCCGGUUUUCGAGCAGCAAGAGUAUUCCGUUGUUCUUCCGCAAAAAUUGAAGAAGAAUGAUGUGGUUUUGAAGGUUUCUGCGCAAAGUAAUUCAAAAGAUGGAAUGAUUGGAUAUAGACUGGAUGAUCCAUCGAAGAUGUUUGCUAUUGAUUGGUCUUCGGGAGAGAUUCGUUUGGCGAAAGAUCCAAGAAAGUUGAAGAAGGACGUUGGAAUGACGGUUGAAGCUGUUGAGUCGACGAAACCGAAGCUUAAAGCACACGCGAGUGUGCAACUGAAACUGAAGCCGGUUAACAAGGAUGCUCCACUCUUCAGUCGAAAGGAAUACUCAUCUCAUGUGCCCGAAUCGACUGCUGUCGGUGAGCAGCUCAUGUCGAUCUAUGCGGGAGAGGAUGUCAGUUAUGCGAUUCGAGGAGAUGAUUCCAGCUUUUUCUCAAUUGAUAUGGAUACUGGAGAUGUGCGACUCGCCAAAGGAUUAGAUUUUGAGGUUCAACAACGUCACGAUCUCGUAGUGAUCGCUUCGGAUCGAAGGCAAGUCCAAUCGGAAGCCGCUUUGACGUUCUAUGUCGAUGAUGUGAAUGACGAAAUGCCGAAAUUCAUCACACCGUUUGUCAGUGCUCAAGUCGAUGAUGCCGCGAUUCCCGGACAAUUCGUCACGAUUCUCAGCGUUGUCGAUCUUGACACGGUUUCUUCUCUUGCUGAAGAUGAGAAGCUUCUCUACAAAAUUGUGGAUGGCGACGAGACGUUGUUCGAUAUUAAUUCAUCGAAUGGCGAAGUCACUCUUGCUAGAUUGAUUGAGAAUGAGGACGUGGCAGACAGAAAUGUGAAGAAUUUGAAUGUCUCAGUGACCGAUGGAAUCUAUACAUCGUACGCGCAGCUUUCUGUUGAGAUCAAAAACAGCGGGAAACGCCAAUUGCCACCAAGGUUUGAACAAUCGCAAUAUGUCGCGAGCGCUUUAGAGAACACACCUGCUAACAAAUCAGCAUUGCUGACAGUAUUUGCGCGCGAUGGAAUUCCACCGAUUCGCUACUCACUCGGUCCCGCCUCGCACUCUCCAACUGCUCGAGGAUCCUGGCCUGUGAGAAUUGACAAGAACACUGGAAGGAUUCACUCAUCGCGAGUUCUCAAUUAUCAUCAUGAUCGAUCCUAUCAGAUCCCACUGGUUGCUGAAGAUGCGGCAGGAAGACGAUCAUUCGCAACUUUAACGCUUUCGGUGAUCGAUAUUAACGACAAGCCUCCCGUAUUUGUUCUCUCAUCGUAUGCGUGCUCGAUGUCUGAGACGGCAAAAGAAGGCGAUACGGUUCUCAUGGUCUCGGCGAUUGACGACGAUGAACAUGAUACAAUCGAAUACUCACUUGUUGAUGACGGCGAUGCCGCAUUGUUCAGCGUUCAUCCGAAGCAAGGAACUGUGACCGUCGCGAAAAAGCUCGAACACAAAGCUGGAAGAACUUUCCCAUUGACGAUCAAGGCUACUGAUGCAGCGAAUCCGCCUCACCACGCAACGACAACUGUUGAAAUUAAUGUCGCUCCCGAAGGCACCCCGGUUCCGAGGUUUUCCAACAGCCACUAUGUGUUCUCGGUAUCUGAGGAUGAGGCGAUUGGAAAUGUCAUUGGACGGGUUCAACAAGUCGAUAAUGAUGUUGGAGAAGUUCGCUUCACAAUUGCUGAGGGUGUUCCUGAAUUGCCGUUCAGCGUUGAGCGAUCAACUGGAAAGAUUAUCGUCCGUGCCGCGUUGGAUCGUGAGAAGACGAAACAAUGGCGAAUGGCGAUUCGUGCUGACGCGGCCGGUGGUGUUCACACAGUUACCACAGUGACGGUCGAUGUUGCCGAUGUCAAUGAUAAUGCACCAGCUUUUCAAGGCGAUUACGACCGACUGACCAUUUCGGAAGAUGCUCCUAUCGGAACAAGUGUUGCGAUAUUCUCGGCCACUGAUCGCGACGAAGCGCCGAGUGGAAAAAUUCGUUUCACACUGCUUGAAGAGAUUGCGCAAUUUGUGAUGAACCCCGAUUCUGGUUGGCUGACGGUUGGAUCGACUCUGGAUAGAGAGAAACAGGAGAAAUAUGAACUUGUCGCGAGGGCCACUGAUGAGGGAGGCUUGAAUACGGAUUUGAAGUUCACUGUUCUCGUCAUGGAUGUCAAUGAUUCUCCCCCGAUAUUCGACAAAGAGACAUACACUGUCGAAUUGGACCCAUCAAUUCCACUUUCGAAUUCUUCUAUUCUUGACGUUGUUAUCACAGAUGCAGACCUACCGCCAAACAACGAUGCAAAGCUUUACAUUUCGCUUGGAAACGAAGAAGGUGUAUUUGCCAUCGACGGAAGAUCGAUCAAGGUUCAACGUCCCGAGCUAGUUGCAUUGAAGGAUAGCCAUGAUCUCGUUAUCACUGCGUUCGAUGGAGUUUUCGCAAGAACGGCAAAAUUGACCAUCAAUGUCAUGAAAAAGGAUGCGCCAAAAUGUCCAACCGAAGUGAUCAAUGUCAAGAUUCCGGAGAAUUCAAAGAAAGGGACUCUGGUCGUUCCGGAAAGCAAUAUGUCGACUCCAGGCGCAAUCUUCGCGUUGAAAUCAGAAACACCAGUGCCAUUCGUUAUCAAUUACCGCAAUGGUGUGAUCAAAGUGAAGGAUUCGAUUGACUACGAGCAACAAGAAAUAUUCGAAAUAACUCGAAGCCUGACAGUAAACAAGAAGCUUGUGUGCGAAGAGAAAAUUGAAGUCGAGGUGCUUGAUGAGAAUGACAAUGGUCCGGUGUUCGUCAAGAAGAAGUACAAUGUAACGAUGAAAGAGAAUCAAAAGGCGAGCGAUGAUGAUCGACAAUUUCUCGUCAAAGUGGAAGCUAGUGAUGUGGAUUCCGUUGUGAAAUAUCGAAUUAUCAAUGAUUUUGGAAUUUUCCGAAUCGACGAUAACAGCGGUGUCGUCACGGUUGUUAAGGAAUUGGAUCGUGAAACCAAGGAAGAAUACGUUGUGGAUAUUGUUGCAACGGACGGAAAGUUUGAGGACAAGGCGGUUAUAUUUGUGUCGGUUGCUGAUCUAAACGACAAUCCGCCAGUUUUUGAGAAGAGAAGCUAUUCGAUGAAGGUGAUGGAAUCCGAAUCGGUUGGAUACGAACUCGCCAAGGUUCGAGCGAUUGAUGGAGAUGUCAACGAGACAGUUGAAUACCGCUUAAAGACGUCGUCAAGAUUUGUCCAAUUGGAUCGCAAUACUGGAACGCUAACUCUGGCUCAAGGAUUGGAUUUCGAGGAAGUGCAGAAAAUUGAACUCGUCGUGGAGGCUAUUGAUUCUGGAACUCCGCCGCUUGUCGCCGAAGCGAAGAUUGAAAUUAUUGUAAUGGAUGAGAACGAUAAUGCGCCAGUGUUCGAGAAGCUCAAAUAUGUUGGAAAAGUGAAAGAGAAUGCGAAGAUCGGAUCGAGAGUUUUGAUGGUGAAAGCGAACGAUAAGGACAGCGAACACUUCGGAAGGGUGUCUUAUUCGAUUUCUGAUCAAAAAGUUCCAUUUGCGAUUGGAGAUGAUGGAUGGAUUGUGGUCAACGGGACGAUUGAUUAUGAAACGGUGGCGAAUUAUAAAUUCAAGGUUGAAGGAAAGGAUGGCGGCAUGCCGGCAUUGUCCUCGACGGUCGCCGUUGAAAUCGAUAUCGAUGAUGAGAAUGAUAAUGCUCCGGUUUUCGAUGAUUGCAAUAUGACGGCAGUUGUACAAGAAGGCGCUAAACUCGGGCAUACAGUGCUCAACAUGGUGGUACGAGAUGCCGAUGGUCCUGGAAAUGGCGGUCCGUUCAAGUUCGAAUUGAGAGGCGAAGGAUCGAAGUCGUUUAAAGUUGAUGAGAACAUGCACGUUGUCACCAACUCGAAACUCCACCACGCCAAAAAGGACCGCUUUAUUCUGAUGGCUGUCGCGAAGGAUGCGAAAGGUCUCGCAACCGAAUGUCCACUUACGAUUUGGGUUAAAGAAGAGAGCAAGCAUGCGCCUACCAUGAACAUGCUUAGGAUUCGAGUAAACACCCUACAGAAUGAGCUGGCGGCCGGAAUCAUCGGAAGAUUGAGCGCACAUGAUCAGGAUUCUGGCGAUCUUCUUCGAUACGGCCUCGUCGAUGAUAGCGUGAGAGGUCCACUACCGACGGCUGAAAAUCCGAGACCGAUUGUUUCAUCAUCGAGACCACACACGUUCCGUGUUGAUCCAACGAGUGGAGAAAUUUGGUCGGAUCAUUCCAUCACGGCAGGUCUUCACACAUUCAACGUGACAGUUACUGAUGGGAAAUUCAACACGCUCAGCUAUGUUGAGGUGAUUGUCACCUCUGUUGAUCCGGACAUCAUUGAGCACGCCGUCGCGAUUCGUGUGCGUGAUAUGACAGUGUCCGAAUUUAUGGCAGCACACGAAGCAACGUUCCGAAGUGUUCUUGCUACUCAUCUCAACGUUCAGCCUGAUAGCAUCCAGUUAAUCAGCAUACAAGAAGUGGACGCGGACGACAAGAAGCGUGCACGCCGGUCGACGUCCAAAGAUGUUGAGAUCCUGUUGACGGCGCAAAGAGGGCAUGGACGAGGGUUCGUAAAGCCGGAUCAUAUAUAUUCAAGGCUUAAGAGCGAAUUUCAAAGUAUUCAAGAUCAAAGUGUCGGAAUGCGGUAUCAACUGAUUACGGAAAUGUGUACGACAGGAAUAUGCCAAAGAGGGGAGUGUCGCGAGAGAAUCGAUCUGCUUGAAGACAAAUGGACGCGGACCAGCACCAAUCAGGUGGCGUUCGUUUCGCCGCAUCACAUACGAGCGGCGCAAUGUCUCUGUCCCGAUGGAUAUGCUGGAACCCGCUGUGAACUUGAGAUCAACAGUUGUUCACGGUCGCCGUGCAAGGAUUGGCAAAUGUGCAUUCCGCUUCUUGAUGAUUCUGAAAGGGGAUAUGAAUGCGCUUGUCCUCUUGGAAUGGAAGGCGAGCGAUGUGAACGGCCCGCAUGCAAUAGCUAUGGCCGAUGUCUUGAGGAGGCGGAGCUGUCUGUCGGCGGCGAUGGCUAUUUUGAAAUGUCGCUGUCGAAUGAGAUUGAGACACGAAUGGAAGUUGAAAUCGAAAUCAAGACAACAUCCACAAACGGUGUCGUGAUGUGGGCUGCGGCCAAUUCGGAUUAUCACAUGAUGGCGAUCGUUGACGGAUUCGUGGAGUACACUUGGGAUGCCGGAUCCGGUCAAGGAGUUGUUCGAUCGAGAACGACGAUCGCCGACGGCAAAUGGCACAAAGUUUCUGUUUCGCGGCGACAGCGACGAACGCGAAUCACGGUUGAUGAAACUGAUGUUCAAGAAGCGUUUAGUCCAUUAGGAUCAUCGGUUAUCAAUCUUCACCGUUAUUCACAAAAAUUGAUAUUCGGCGCGAAAGUCGAAGAUAUGAGUAUCGAUGGCCAGAAAUCGGUUUCGCAUGGCGUUUCGGCGUGCUUCAAAACGAUCUCGGUGGAUGGGCGCAAAGUUCCAAAAACACGUCAAGGACUUCGACUGUAUGGCGCAUUGCCGGGAUGUACGGCGUUGACGUCAUCGCCGUGCAUCGAAAUGCCUUGUGGGAAUGGCGGAACGUGUGUGGCCACCGGACGACAAUUCACAUGUCUCUGUCAGCCGCGAUACACGGGCGAUCGAUGCGAAAUUGACCAAGAGCCGUGUGCUUCACAUCCAUGCCCGCAAGGAAUUCAAUGUAUUCCAUACUCGAAUGACUUUUUGUGCAAGUGUCCGGACGGCUUCACUGGCAAACAUUGCGAGUCGCGCGGAUUCAAUGAUAUUGAUUCGGUGUGCACUAAAGACAAGUGUGGGAACGGCAAAUGCAUUCCAAUAAAUAAUCCGCAGAGCACGGGCUUCAUAUGUAAUUGCACCGGAGGAACUCUAUUAACGACGUCGUGUCCAGAUACUCCUGGAUUAAUCACGAAGGUGAUGGCGAUUCUAUGGAAAAUUGAGGUAGCCAUUGUCGUCGUUGCGGUUUUGUUCUUGGCGAUUGUCAUAUUUUGCGUCUCGAUUCUAUGUCGUUCUUGCAAACGGAAUCGGGAUCCGAAAUAUGGCGCGCAUUGCGAUGUGCCACACAUGAGAAACACGCGAGUGUUGAUGCCAGUCGUUGAUCCGCCACCUCUUCCGCCACGAGGAUAUCGAGGAGAAAACGCGAAUCGUCCGACCGUUCAAGUGCGACCAUUUUCGAAUGCUCCGUUCCAUCGGCAGAACGAAUCGCGAUCGCCGUCGGUGUGCGGAAGCGCGAAAGGACGGAGAAAUGAGGGAAUGAAGAGUAGCAGAGACGAUUUGUCGGACUUCGGAGCUGUUAAUCGUGUGAGGCAAACCGAUCGGAAGAGCGAACGAGGUUAUAAUGGAGCCUUAACUGGAUUAAGAGAAACCGAUGAUUGGAGGGCGUCGCUCGACGAGAAUAUCAGUGCCGCGAUUCGAACAGGAGCGGAAGGGCGGUUCCUUGUCGGUACAACCGAACUCACUCCCGUUAUCAAUGACGACGAUUACAUGACGAUGAAGCCUCGGAAGGAUAAAACCUUUGAUCCAAAACCGCCGAUUAGUAAGCUCGACGCGGAAUUGGCACCAAAAGUGCCUGCUCACGGAAGCUGUAUGGAACAAUCUGUGUUGUACGAUGAUCCUGUUUCAAUAGAUUCGAAAUCAUGUACCAUUGAAGAUAUAGACGGGGAUGAGGAUGAAAUCGAAGAAGUUCGAAUCCAUCUCUCAUAA